AUGGCGAUGGCGCCGCCGCGUCUGCUGCGGGGCCUCAUCGCGCCGAUGUCGCCGGCCGACUGGCUGCCCUGCCACCUGCAGCUGCUGGCCUCGUCCGCCUCCCUCCUGCACCGCUGGUGGCUCCCCUCGCUCGCGCGCCUCCGCUGCCCCUCCUGCUCCGACGGAUUCAAGCUCUUCCUCGUCCUGCUCCUCUUCUCCGCCGCCCUCGCCGAGGUCCGCUUCGUCGCCUCCGCCUCCAUGGCGCCCACCCUCCGCCCGGGCGACCGCGCCGUCGCAGAAAAGGUCACCUACAUGUUCCGGAAGCCGUCUGCCGGGGAUGUAGUCUUCUUCAGGGUGCCCGCCGCCCUGCAGAAUUGCGGCGUAAAUAAAGAUGUUGUAUUUAUUAAGAGGGUUGUUGCCACCCCUGGAGAUUUCAUCGAGGUCCGACAAGGCCAGCUUAUUGUUAAUGGUGUUGCACAGAAUGAACAUUACACCGCACCCCAUGGUGGGUCGUACACGAUGGAAGCCAUGCGCCUCCCUGAAGACCAUGUAUUUGUCAUGGGUGAUAACCGCAAUAACAGCUGCGAUUCUCGUGCCUGGGGACCUCUUCCUAUCAGCAACAUUGUUGGGAGACACAUUAUGUCCUUUACAAGAUCCUCUCUCCAAUAG